GGGGAGGCUAAGAAAAUAUGUAUAUGUGUGUAUACACAAAUAGAUAUUAUCAAAACAUUGAUGUCUCUACGGCUGCGACACCACAGUUACACAUACAUACAAUUCAACGCUAAAACACUGUAAUAUCAUAACUCCAGCCAUGACGAGCUCUGCAAUUCCUGCUCCCAAAGGGUUCGUGUACUCCGACACAGAUUCGCACGUGGAGUGUGUUUACAAAGAUGGCGAAUGGGGUGCUCUAGAGACGGUCGCUGAUCCGUACAUUAAAAUCCACAUGUCCGCCGGGACUUUACACUAUGGACAAACGAUAUUCGAAGGGAUGAAAGCGGAAAAGGGUAAAGAUGGUGUUGUACGCUUAUUCCGACCAGAUGAGAAUGCCAAACGUUUAAAUCGCUCAGCCAAGCGGUUAAUGAUGCCGACUUUAGAUCCCGAUUUUUUUAUCGAGGCAGUGAUGAAGGCCGUUAAGGAGAACAUCCGGUUUGUGCCGGAAUUUGGGACUGGUUCGCUAUACAUCCGACCAUACAUGUUUGCUACUCAGCCAGUGCUUGGUCUGGAUCCGGCGACUGAGUAUAAGUUCGUUGUCUUCGUGGUACCGGUGGGUGACUUCUACAGCGGGGCCGUCCAGUCUAUUCCUGCGUUCGUUGUGGAAAAUUCCGACCGAGCCGCUCCUCUGGGCGUGGGUGCGGCGAAGGUUGCCGGAAACUAUGCGGCGUCUAUGGCCUCUACCAGAGAAGCAAAGGCCAAUGGAUACCCGAUCACUCUAUUUCUCGACGCUAAAACGCGGACGUAUGUGGAGGAAUUUGCCACGUCCAACUUCGUGGGGAUCUCAGCGUGCGGUCAGAAGUACUUGACGCCCUGUUCAGCGUCUAUCCUGGCAUCGAUCACAAACAAGUCUCUGGAGGCGCUCGCAUCAGAUCUGGGCCUGAGUGUGGAGAGGCGGCCCAUCCUGAUCGAAGAGGUGAAGGAGUUUAGCGAAGUAGGAGCUGUGGGAACGGCCGUAGUGUGUUCGCCUAUCAGCCAGAUAGUGUAUAAAAGCUCUGUGUUCAAUAUCCGAGGUACCGCCACAGGCCUGGGACCUAUUCUGCAGAAACUAUACGAUGCACUGCGAGCCGUUCAGCAAGGAGAAGCUGAGGAUAAGCACGGUUGGAUCAAGAUUGUCACGGCCUAAAUGUACAGAGCAGAGUCACCAUCUCGAUGCAGGUUUGCGUAUAGCUUAGUAUCGAGAGAGUACUCCACCAGCAUAGUCAAUGAAAGAAUAACAUCGUCGAGAAUGUACAAACUGCAUUGCAGAUUGUAAAUUGCAGGAAUAGUUAGGUGGUUUAUUUGUAUUUACUGGGUAGAAUUGCCGUCCAUCUAAGGCGAUUAGAGAGUAUUUCUAGUAUAGUUCGAUACAUCCUUGAUUUGGCCUUGGAUUGUCAUCAUCCGUACGGCAGUACUUUUGGAGUGCAGGUGGUGGGUAUAGUUGAGUGGUUCUAUUUUUAUCUACUGGGUAGAUUCACCGGUCCAUUUAAUGCGAUUAGAGAGUAUGACUUAGUAAAAGGCUUUAGCGGGUUUAAUGUGGUCACAAUGAUAAACAGUCUUUUCGUUUGAUACUUCUCUUCAUUCUAGUGGUAAGAGAUGCACAACAUACACAUGGUGAAAGUGUAGUAGUACAGUAUUAGCGCGAAGAUACAUACACACAACAUAGAAACAUAUACACAAAUGACAUGAGGACGAUGUUGUGUGAUAGAUGCGGCCUGCCCUAUGAAAGAGCAUAGUAUCCUUGCUUAGAUCCAGAAGCGAUUGAAACAACGUAUCCAAUGGGCGUACGCACAUAAAAUGGUUUGUAGCGUGUACUUUCUACCAGAGCAGAUGGUGCCCUUCAGAUAUAGUAUGCACCCACGUAUUGGAUGCGUAACAGUAAGAAAUUUGCCAGCUCGCAUAGAGUGUGUGCAACCAAUGGUUCCUGAAAGCGGUGUUGAUGCUAGGCGGGAUCAGGCGGGUGUGUUGUGAAUAAUAUGAAGACUAGUACUGUCGAUACUAUUACUACUGUGGAUGUAGCUAGUAUUGUUAAGCAAGUCACCAGUAGAUCUAUACCAUCCACGACUGCAGUCUCGGCGAAGAAAAUGUCUAUCAAACAUGCAUCGCAUGCAACAUCAAAUAAAAAGUAUUGCGUGAG